AAUAUAUUCUCUCAAAGUAAUGGUUUCUAAGCAGCUUCUUCUGGUGGUGCUUCUUGGUGCACUUUUUUGCGCCGCCCAUGCUAGGAAACUUGCGAGUCAAAAUGGUGCAGUUAAUGAAGAGAAGACAUUCUUCCACCACUUCCCUGGUUAUGGUGGUGGUGGGCUAGGAGGUGGUGCUGGUGGUGGUUUGGGUGGCGGGGGUGGCUUGGGCGGUGGAGCUGGACUUGGUGGGGGCUCUGGCUUGGGCGGAGCUGGAGGGUUUGGUGGGGGUGGUGGUGGGGGUGGGGGUGGGGGUGGGAUAGGUGGUGGCUCUGGUUUUGGAGGUGGAGCUGGAGGUGGGUUUGGGUCUGGAGCAGGAGGGCUUGGAGGUGGAGGUGGCGGAGGGUUUGGUGGCGGCGGCGGCAGCAGUGGCGGCCUACUUGGUGGUGGGGCAGGUGGUGGAUAUGGGGGAGGAACUGGUGGAGGGUUUGGAGGUGGAUUCCCUUGA